AUCGAGGCUGCCGGGACAGAAAGGCUGCAGCCAGAACUAUAGAGCCGCACCGGGGACCGGCUUUCUUGACGCGGAAGUGGCGGCGGCCAUGGCGGUGCCGGCCCCUCGCGCGGAGCUGAAGCUGGUGCGGCUGCUGAGCCGCUGCGAGGCGCUGGCGGCCGACAGGCGGAGCGCGGGCGAGUGGCGGCUGGAGAAGUAUGUUGCUGCUUUGGAAGAGAUGCUCCUGGAGCUGAAGAAGCACUCUAGCAAGCCAGCCCCAGAAGUGCUGAAGGAAUAUUCUCGCAAGGUGGAUUUCUUGAAAGGACUUCUAGAAGCAGAAAAGCUGUCGUCCUCGUCUGAAAAGGCACUUGCCAAUCAAUUCCUGGCCCCUGGGCGAACCCCCACCACGGCCAAGGAACGGAUCCCAGCCACCCAGACGGUGCAUUUGCAGACCAAAGCCCGCUACGCUGGCGAAAUGAGGAGCGAGCUGCUUGAUUUGGAAGAAACCAGCUUGAGGAAGCGCAUGGGCCCCCUGCCAGAUGAGAAGCAGUCAGCUGCGGACCUGGAUGCCAUACUGCAGCACCACCACAGCAUCCAGGAGAAGCUGGCCGAAGAGAUGCUGCACCUGGCACGCAACCUCAAAAACAACACCCUGGUGGCUCAGAAUGUGAUUAAACAAGAUAACCAGACAUUGUCUCAUUCGCUCAAGCUGGCCGAUCAGAACUUUGAGAAGUUGAAGGACGAAUCAGACCGCCUGGAGCAGCACGCCAAGAAAUCAGUCAACUGGCUUUUGUGGCUAAUGCUGAUUGUUGUUUGCUUUAUUUUCAUCAGCAUGAUCUUGUUUAUCAGGAUCUUCCCAAAACUAAGGUGACUUCUUGUUCUCCAGCACGGGCAGCCUGGUAUGUUUUGCUCUUUUCCUUUGCAAAGUCCAAGCCUUGGAUGUUCAGAGGAAGGCGGCCUUGUUCCAUCCAGGCUGCAGAACUUAACUCAUUUAACUUGGGAAGGACAAAGAAGAACUUUGGUAGCUGGUUGUGUGCGCUAGUUUUGGGUCCAGCCUGCUUGCCGAUGGGAUGGGGUGCUGUGCUAGUGAGUGUCCUGGCCACCUCAGAUGGGGAGGCAGGGUGACAGCUCUGCCAGUGGAACACUGCUUUGUAGAACAACAAUUUUCCUCAUGUGGAAAAAUAGCUCAGUCAGUCUAGGCUAGGGCUCUUCUUCCUAGCAUUCUUGUUUUCUAUACAAAAGAAAUGCUUCUGUGUAGAAGAGCCUGCAGCCCCAUUAGCUCUGCCUGCAACCUGAAGUGGUACAGCCCAUGCCUGGGGUGGGCAUGUCAUCUGCUACU